UGGACCAAAGUGCUGUGAAGCUGUGAGGAAAGUCCAGAGCGGGCCGCCCUCUGCUGCUCUGCUGGAGCCUCUUCUCUGGUUGGUCUGGCGGGAACCGUCCCGCGCUCUCCGCGGACAUAUAAGCGAGGCUGCUGCUGUUUGCGCCACACUUUCUCUGAGUCGACGCUGUAGAGAGAUCAUCCUGAAAAUGAGCGGACGCGGCAAAACCGGUGGAAAAGCCAGAGCUAAGGCCAAGACCCGCUCCUCCCGGGCCGGGCUCCAGUUCCCGGUCGGCCGUGUUCACAGGCUGCUGCGCAAAGGAAACUACGCUCAGCGUGUCGGUGCCGGAGCCCCCGUCUACCUGGCGGCGGUGCUGGAGUACCUGACCGCUGAGAUCCUGGAGCUGGCUGGAAACGCUGCCCGCGACAACAAGAAGACCCGUAUCAUCCCCAGACACCUGCAGCUGGCCGUCCGCAACGACGAGGAGCUCAACAAACUCCUGGGCGGAGUGACCAUCGCUCAGGGAGGCGUGCUGCCCAACAUCCAGGCUGUUCUGCUGCCCAAGAAGACCGAGAAGGCCGCCAAGUCCAAAUACUACUGGACCAGAUGCAGCACCAUCAUCUUCCUCUUCCUCAUCAUCAUCGUCGUCAUCUUCCAGCUUCCAGCAACUUCCAGCUGUGACCGGACCAGACUGAAGAGGUCCAGGUUUGAAACAACUCACGAGGCCUUCUCCAAGGCCACGUGCAACAGCGGGGAUGAAGAGGAGCUUCUGCAGGUGCAACAAGCACAACACGCCCAUGAGGAGAGAGUGUUUGGCAUGAUGAUGCAGUCAGUUGCGUCCCUGGACCUGACCGUGGCUUUUGUUGCUUUUUUUUGUCUCCACAUCUCGUUUGUCUUCUUGAAGAGGAUCAUAAAUAUGGGGGAACUUGUGCACUGUCACUGCCUUAUUUCUAUAAAGGACAUUGUUUAAACAUUUGUGUGCACUACAACUUUUAAAUAAAUAGUCUGAGAAACCUUU